AGGCUGCGCCAAAGGUUUUGUCAGGGGCAGUAAGCGACAUUCAACUAGACGAAUGUCGGCUGCUGCAGGUAGACAAUACGCGCAGUAACACUAUCAAUUAUUUUUCGCAAGCUGUCUCGGUGAUUUUGUAUGAAGCUUGUGAACUCUGUGGUUUUAAAAUUCUAAUUCAGUGAAGUAAAAAGCGUAAACAUGGGUCUUCAGCCUUUGGAAUUUUCAGACUGUCUUGUCGACAGCCCUUUUUUGAGAGGUAAACUUCAGGAACAUGAACAGGAGCUGGAGGGAAUGAGUAAAGCUAUUAAAGUGCUCAUUCAGCAUGGCAAGGAGGUAUUUGACGCAGCCCGACAGCUGUCCCAGGCACAGAAGACAUUUGCUAAGGAUUUAAAAGAUUUGCAGUUUCAGUGUAUAGACAAGCAGACAGAUGAUGAAACAACUAUUGUCAAAACUCUUUCUGAGUUUGGGAAAUAUCUUCUUGAUAUUGAACAGCUACGAGAAACCAUGGUAAAUUCAACCGAGCUACACUUCAUUCAGCGACUUGAGGCAUUCACUCGGAACGAUUUGGAUGCUGUUAAAGACCACAAGAAGAACUUUGACAAGCAGACAACCAUAUUCUGUCAGUCACAGGAGCGGUACUUAGGCAUCAAAUCUAAGGCCAGUGAAUCACAGCUAAAAGAGGCAGAUGUUCAGAUGGAGGCUGAUAGACGUGAGUUCUAUCAGGCUUCUAUGAAAUAUGUACUGAAGCUGCAGGAGAUGCACGAGAAGAAGAAAUUUGAGUUUGUAGAAAAUCUUCUGGGGUACAUGAGUGGCUGGAUGACAUUCUACCAUGAAGGCUAUGAAAAACUUGGUGACUUCAGACUAAAUGAUAAAAGAUUGAGACUUUUGCUGCAAAAGGCACGAGAGAACUUUGAAUGUACCAAAGGGGAAGCUGAACAGCUGAUGGACAAGAUGUUGAAAGCUCCUGGGACAGAGCUGAUGGAUCAGUCUGCUGUGUUACAAGGGUUUACACGCCAGGGCUAUCUGUACCUGAUGGAGAAAAAGGCCUUAGGCACAUCAUGGACAAAAUACUUUUGUCAGUACAACAAGGAAACCAAGGAAUUAUUUUGCAUGGUCUACAUGAAAAAUGGUGAAAUGGGGGAACCAGAUAAGUACAUACUGCAGUCAUGCACCAGGAGGAAGACCGAGUCCAUAGACAGAAGAUUUUGCUUUGAUGUCAUCGUUAAAGACAGACCAAACCCACUAACAUUCCAAGCAUUGUCUGGUGAUGACCGAAGAUACUGGCUGGAUGCUUUAGAUGGCCGCGAACCAGUUUACCUGGUAACAGAAAUAAAGUCAAAAUCAGUUUCAGUCAGUCUGAAUGAAGAUGGUUUCAACUUUGUGAAGAAGGCUAUUGCAGCUGUUGAAGCACGUGGGCUAGAGACAGAAGGACUUUACAGACUUCCUGGUGUCCAAUCAGCUGUUGCAACUUUACUGGAAAAGGCACUGAGAAGAGAUCACAAGAAAUCUGAGCCAAAUUAUGAAGACCCUGUUGCAGUAGAUACCAGAACACUUACCAGUACACUCAAACUUUACUUCAGAUCCUUGUCCGAACCUCUGAUGACAUUUGACCUUUAUGAUUCAUUUGUAGCAGCUGCUAAGCAAGAGACUGAAGAGCAGCGUCUGGAAAGUGUGAUGUUACACAUUAAGAAGCUGCCUUCAGCCAACUUUAACAUGCUGGCCCUGCUUGUUGGUCAUCUGGCUAGAAUUGCAGAGAAGAGUGCAGUGAAUGGGAUGUCAUCUGCAAAUCUUGGCAUUUGUUUCUCACCUUCACUUAUUCGACCUCGUUCAGAAACAAUGGCUUCUGUCCUUGACCUGCGGUUCUGCAGUAUUUUUGUGGAAAUCCUUAUACAGAAUUAUGAAAAGAUUUUCAGACUGAGAGCAGAUGCAGUUAACUGUGGCGAAGCAAAAUAUAGUGCAGCUCAUCGACCAUCGUUUAGCGUUGCCCCAGCUCGUGAGCCUGAUACUAGUGUCACACUUAGGCGAAAAUCAUCACCAGCUAUCAAGACUCCUGAGACAGAAUCAUCAGGGCCUGUCAAAUCAGGCAGGGUCAGCGCACUGGCAAAACACUUUAACCAGACAUCAAAACCCAACUUUACUGGAAGUGGCAGUAUCAAGCUUCGCAACCUGAGUGAUAGCAUUGUGCCUGGGGCCACCUCGUCUAGAUCUGAAAAGAAAAGUAACAACAAGAAGGAUACAAAUGAAGAGUUUAAAAAACCUGAACUUGAAGAGGGGACACCUGGACAUGAGUAUGAGCUUGUUGACAGGGUUGCUGGCAGACUAGCAAAGAGCAAGUAUGCUUGUACUGGGGGCUCCGUUUCAGAGCUGUCAUUUGAAGCCCAUCAGAUUAUCCAUGAUGUGCGGCCAUCCUUUGAAGAAGGCUGGCUUGUUGGAGAGUUAAACGGAAAGGUGGGACUGGUUCCUGAGAAUUAUGUGGAAUUCAUUGACUAAUGCCACAUCUGUAUUCAUUCCCCAAGCAUUAUGUGGAGUGUGCCAAGGAAAGGAUAUUCUUGAAGAGCAACAGAUCUGAAACCAGCAGACUUUCAUGUGAUAACCCUGUUUGGGCAAACACUGUGUGUGUGCACAACACCAACUAGCAGCAAAUACUAGAAGAAAUGCUAGAAGCUGGCUGGAUGGAUGCAUGUUUGACUGUGCUCAGAACUUUGGGGUACUUGGUACCUGGAGAUGGAAAUGGCUGAAACAACCAUAAGCCAGACCGACUUGUUUGAUAAUUAUGUGCAUCAUAAAAGAUUGAUUCUUUUAAAGUUGAGGAAACUGUCCCUGUGGGGUGCCAAGAAAGAACAACAGACUGUCAGUGUGUACAUAUCAAAUGGGAAUCCAUCACCUGACUCGUCUGCAUAAUGUUAAGUGCCAUAGUUUGUAAAGUACUCCAGAUGCUUAGAAGCUUGGUGGGGGGGAAAUUGUUUUCUUCUUGUCUUCUCAUGCUCCUCCUUUUCUGUCACUUGCUUUCCUUUGUGGCCUGGCUACAUCAUAAUGUAUUAUUGUGGCAUGACUAAAUCAUAGUGUAUUAUUGUGUUGGUUGAUGCUGUGUCAUAAAUUGACUUGCUGCACAACUAAUGAAGAAGGUUUUAAUUUCCUUUUUAUGAGCGGCACUGGCAUGACCACUCAGCAUGAAGAAUGCUACUCAUGCCAUGAGAGAAACAAGAACUAUGCUGCUUUAUGGUUCAUGGUAACUUGCAAUAUCCUGCUUCCCUCCUGGAAAAUAGCUAAAAUGUCUAUUAUCAAACCAAUAGCAAAGGAAGAAAACCAAAAAGUAUGCAUUAAUUCUUGGAGUAUUGAUGGAAAAAGUCUGGUAAUCAUUAUCCAGUAAAUGAAAGAUAAAAGUCUGGAAAAAGUGUGCCAGGUACUUGGCUUUCAGAUCACAAGGUUUAGUUGCCUUUGUGUGCUCUUCCAACUUCAAAUGAUGUUUUAUUAAAAUUAAGCAAGUGACAUGGAAAAUAAGGCCGCUUUCAAUAAGUCUGCUAUUUGUGAGCAUCUGUAAUAAAGCUUGUAAAUAGUGCUAACUGAUGUCCUUGUCAUAAAAUAUGUGCCAUGUUUAUAAGCCUUGACUGAAAGUUUUACUUGAGUAAAUAUGUAUUUUGGCAAUGAUAUUCAUUUAUGUUUUACAAUUAUAUAAAAAGUUCACUCAGUGCA